GGCUUAUGGUUCUCAUUUACCUGUUCCUUUUCCGUGUCUUAAUUCAAAUUUAGAUCCACUUCGGUGCUUCAAACUCGUUUGCAGCACAUUACAAUCUCAGUUUUCAUUGUUUUUGGUUUGCAUACAUUGACAGACACGCCCUCUGAGGUUAAGGAGGGUAUAGAAUUUCAGUAGAAUUCCUGUUUUUUUUUUUUUUUUUUAAUUGAGAUAGCGACAGAAAUAAAAUGGCCUACCCAGGAUAUGGUGCUCCCCAAGGUGGAUUCCCAGGAAUGCAACAAGAUCCUCUCUAUGGAUAUUUUGCAGCAGUUGCUGGACAGGAUGGACAGAUUUCAGCAGAUGAGCUCCAGCAGUGCCUCACACAGUCCGGCAUGUCUGGCUCAUACAAACCCUUCAGCCACGAGGCGUGCAGACUGAUGAUCAACAUGUUGGAUAGAGACAUGACCGGCACCAUGGGCUUUCAUGAGUUCAAGGAGUUAAGCCAGGUUCUGAACGGCUGGAAGGCGACCUUUGUGUCUUACGACCGGGACCACAGUGGCUCAGUGGAGGGCCAUGAGAUGCAGCAGGCCAUCACCACCAUGGGUUUCAAUCUAAGCCCUCAGGCUAUGAACUGCAUCAUGAAGCGCUACAGCGUGAAUGGCAAAAUCCACUUUGAUGAAUUUGUGAGCUGUUGUGUGAGACUGCGGGCCCUGACUGAUCAGUUCCGAAGGAGGGACACGAGCCACUCUGGCAAUGCUACAUUUCAGUAUGAUGAUUUUAUCCAGGUCACCAUGAACAUAUGAAGAGGACAAGACUAAACAGAAGGGAACAACAGACCUUUUAACUCUCACUCACAGUAUAUGCUCUCUUUUAAUCAUUGUUAUACAAAUCAAGUCAAACUGUCACAUUCCAUUUUUCCAGGAAGGUUUUUUUUUUUUUUAAGUAAUGCAUGUUUUAGCAAACCAACAAGAAUAUAGUAACCUCAAGCUGUACCAAUGUCAAACACUCGAGUGCCUGAAAACUGGAGCAUGCUAUUAUCAUUCUUACAUCUGUAGCCCUUUAUCACGCAAGUAACCAUGUUAGCUGGUAGUGUUAACCACUAUAGGAAUAUAAACAACCACUAUAUUGACAAUGACAUAUGAGCACCAUUGGAGUGUAUAUGAACUUCUAUGAAAAUUAAUAAACAACCUCUAUAUUGACAA